GCUCCUUCCAAUCAGCGGAGAGCGACGACGACGUUGCGGAAGUGACGGCAGUUCCGUGUCCUGUGUGAGGGGCGGUGGGAGUGAUGAGUUCACUGAGACCCUGAUAGCCGUUGUGUGAAGAUGGAGUUUCCCGGAGGAAAUGACAAUUACCUGACGAUCACAGGGCCCUCGCACCCCUUCCUGUCCGGGGCCGAGACGUUCCACACACCAAGCCUGGGUGAUGAGGAAUUUGAAAUCCCACCUAUCUCCUUGGAUUCUGAUCCCUCAUUGGCUGUCUCAGAUGUCGUUGGCCACUUUGAUGACCUGGCAGACCCUUCCUCCUCUCAGGAUGGCAGCUUUUCAGCCCAGUAUGGGGUCCAGACGUUGGACAUGCCUGUGGGCAUGACCCAUGGCUUGAUGGAGCAGGGCGGGGGGCUCCUGAGUGGGGGCUUGACCAUGGACUUGGAUCAUUCUAUAGGAACUCAGUAUAGCGCCAACCCACCUGUUACAAUUGAUGUACCAAUGACAGACAUGACAUCUGGCUUGAUGGGGCAUAGCCAGUUGACCACCAUUGAUCAGUCAGAACUGAGUUCUCAACUUGGUCUGAGCUUAGGGGGUGGCACCAUCCUGCCACCUGCCCAGUCACCUGAGGAUCGUCUUUCAACCACCCCUUCACCUACAAGUUCACUUCAUGAGGAUGGUGUUGAGGAAUUCCGGAGGCAACCUCCCAGCCAGAAGACAGUUGUGGUGGAAGCAGGGAAAAAGCAGAAGGCUCCAAAGAAGAGAAAAAAGAAAGAUCCUAAUGAACCUCAAAAACCAGUUUCAGCAUAUGCUUUAUUCUUUCGUGACACACAGGCUGCCAUCAAGGGACAGAAUCCCAAUGCCACUUUUGGGGAGGUUUCAAAAAUUGUGGCUUCUAUGUGGGACAGUCUUGGAGAAGAGCAAAAACAGGUAUAUAAGAGGAAAACUGAAGCUGCCAAGAAAGAGUAUCUGAAGGCUCUGGCUGCUUAUAAAGACAAUCAAGAGUGUCAGGCCACUGUGGAAACUGUUGACAUGGACCCAGCGCCACCAUCACAGACUCCUUCUCCACCUCCUGUGGCUGCUGCUGACCCAGCGUCCCCAGCACCAGCCUCAACAGAGCCCCCUGCCCUGUCUCCUUCCAUUGUUGUCAAUUCAACUCUUUCAUCCUAUGUGGCAAACCAGGCAUCUUCUGGGGCUGGGGGUCAGCCCAAUAUUACCAAGUUGAUUAUUACCAAACAGAUGUUGCCCUCUUCUAUUACUAUGUCUCAAGGCGGGAUGGUUACUGUUAUCCCAGCCACAGUGGUGACCUCUCGGGGUCUCCAACUUGGCCAAACCAGUACAGCUACUAUCCAGCCCAGUCAACAAGCCCAGAUUGUCACUCGAUCGGUGUUGCAGGCAGCAGCAGCAGCAGCAGCUUCUAUGCAACUACCUCCACCCCGACUACAGCCCCCUCCACUACAGCAGAUGCCUCAACCCCCCACUCAGCAGCAAGUAACCAUUCUCCAACAGCCUCCCCCACUCCAGGCCAUGCAACAGCCUCCACCUCAGAAAUUUCGAAUCAACCUACAGCAACAGCCACCUCCACUGCAGGUCAAGAUUGUGCCUCCACCCACUCUGAAAAUGCAGACUACCUUAGUUCCACCACCUGUAGAAAGUAGUCCAGAGCAGCCUGUGAACAACAGCCCUGAGACCCAUACAGUGGAGGAAACCACUCCUGAGACAAUCUGUGAGAUGAUCACAGAUGUAGUCCCUGAGGUUGAGUCUCCUUCUCAAAUGGAUGUUGAAUUGGUGAGUGGGUCUCCCAUGACACUUUCACCCCAGCCUCGAUGUGUGAGGUCCGGCUGUGAAAACCCUCCCGUUGUGAGUAAGGACUGGGACAAUGAGUACUGCAGCAACGAGUGCGUGGUGAAGCACUGCAGGGAUGUCUUCUUGGCCUGGGUAGCCUCUAGAAACUCAAACACAGUGGUGUUUGUGAAAUAGUACUUCCUGUCCUCCAAGCCAGUGAAGACUUACUGCUGGGAACAUGUCCACCGAGCCUAUUUUAAAAAGACAAGCGAGGCUUCUGGUAGUGCCUGAUCUCAACCCAUGAUGAUCCUUUAUGUCUUUCACGUUUCUCCCCUUCUGUCGCUCUUCUACAGGGGCUAUGGAACAGGGCCACUGAGUUUGCUGCAAUCUGGAAUUGCAUUUUGCUUUCAAGUAAAAGCAGAGAUAUCAGUGAUAGUAACAGAGGAAAGGGUGAAGGGAAUAUAAACAAGUAGAACAUAGGGGUGAUGGCUGGGUGGGGGACUGUUUGAGGAAACUUGGUAUAAUUGUCAUAGGAUUUACCUAAAAGAUUAUUAAAAUGAUAGAGUACUCAGCUUUGAGCCUAGGGAAAAAACAUCACUAUGUGCAUCCCUUCUAAAGGGGCUAAAAGGUUGCAUUAAAGGUUACCUCUUAGAGAACUAUUACUAUCACAUCUGUACAUUAUUAGUUUGAGAACAAAGGUUUUCAACACAGGAAUAGCAAGCACACUGGACUGUAGAGAAAAUAACAUCACCUAGGAGCUUCUUAUUUCUCUGCAAUUAUAUUUCUGUACUCAACUUUCUGAUUGUAUCACAGUUUGAGUGUAAAAGGCAGAACUCUACUUCCUUAAUAUAAGAGGUUUCACCAAAGUUUAAAGAAAUUGUGUUCACUUGUGUUUGAUGAAAUUAUCUUUUAAAAUAGGCCCGAAGUGUUUUCACUUAUAUAGGCUAAAUCUCUGCAUACCCUAGGCACUUAUUUAAUGUAAGAUGUGCUUAUUUCAUUUUUCUUGGAAUUAAAUGAAUAAAAACUAGCAAAGCCACAGUUGUAACAGAAUAAGCAACUAUUUAAAACA